GACAAGGAGCAGGCAAGGAAUGGCAUGCCAUGAAUGCCAAUGGGCACUUAGAUACGGGAAACUGUACCAAUACCGAAUAUAGAGCUCCUUCCGUCUCCUAAACCUAGAGGCCAAAGCCUAAAGACAGUGGCAGGCGUCCAAAACCAAACUUGGAAGCUGCAGGGAACCUGGGGAUCACUCUCUCGUCACGAACAAAUCUGCCUUUUGGCGAAGUCACAUUUCUCAAAUCUGGUCGACGUUUUUGACCUAAACUUAUUCGUUCAAUCAUUUCGACGAAUCGUCUUAGAAAGAAGAGAGGAAUGGCGAUUUUCAUGGUAUCUCGUCGCCUCUCAGGCGGAUCGUCGAAGUCGUUAAUGUCUGAAUCUCUGCGUUUCGCUGCUUGCUGGAGAUCGUUUUCCUCGUCUUUCCGGGAGGAGAGAGACACAUUUGGACCGAUUCUUGUUCCCUCCGAUAAAUUGUGGGGAGCUCAAACUCAAAGAUCACUGCAGAAUUUUGAGAUUGGAGGUGAUCGUGAACGAAUGCCUGACCCAAUUAUUCGUGCUUUUGGUGUCCUUAAAAAAUGUGCUGCGAAGGUCAACAUGGAGUAUGGUCUUGAUCCAUCCAUAGGGAAAGCGAUAAUGCAAGCAGCCCAAGAGGUGGCUGAAGGGAAGCUAAGUGACCAUUUUCCGUUGGUGGUAUGGCAGACUGGCAGCGGUACUCAAAGUAACAUGAAUGCAAAUGAGGUUAUUGCAAAUAGAGCAUCUGAAAUUCUUGGCCAUAAGCGAGGCAAAAAGUUUGUGCAUCCAAAUGACCAUGUGAACAGAUCACAAUCUUCUAAUGACACAUUCCCAACGGUGAUGCACAUUGCUGCUGCAACAGAAAUAAAUUCAAGAUUGAUACCAAACUUGAAAACUUUACAAACUUCACUUCAUUCGAAGUCGGUUGAAUUCAAAGAUAUUAUUAAAAUUGGGCGUACUCACACUCAAGAUGCAACACCUUUGACUCUUGGGCAAGAGUUUAGUGGCUAUACCACACAGGUGAAGUAUGGAAUUGAUCGUGUCAUGUGCAGCCUACCUCGCAUGUAUCAGCUUGCACAGGGUGGCACUGCUGUGGGGACUGGAUUGAACACAAAAAAGGGGUUUGAUGUAAAGAUUGCUGCAGCAGUAGCUGAUGAAACAAACUUGCCAUUUGUUACAGCAGAAAAUAAAUUUGAAGCAUUGGCUGCACAUGAUGCUUUUGUUGAGACUAGUGGAGCCUUAAACACAAUUGCUACUUCACUUAUGAAGAUUGCAAAUGACAUACGCUUGUUGGGAAGUGGUCCACGUUGUGGCCUUGGGGAACUCAUUCUUCCUGAAAAUGAACCUGGCAGCAGCAUUAUGCCUGGGAAAGUUAAUCCUACUCAGUGUGAGGCCCUUACUAUGGUUUGUGCUCAGGUUAUGGGAAAUCAUGUUGCCAUUACAGUUGGUGGAUCAAAUGGCCAUUUUGAGCUGAAUGUAUUCAAGCCUAUGAUUGCUAGUGCUCUUCUACAUUCACAGAGAUUGUUAGGGGAUGCAUCAGCUUCCUUUGAGAAGAAUUGUGUGAGGGGAAUUCAAGCCAAUAGGGAAAGGAUUUCAAAAUUAUUGCACGAGUCGCUAAUGCUUGUCACAUCUUUGAACCCUAAAAUUGGAUAUGACAAUGCUGCAGCAGUUGCUAAGAAAGCCCACAAGGAAGGAAGCACUCUGAAGGAAGCUGCUCUAAACCUUGGAGUGCUAUCUAGUGACGAGUUCGACAAACUUGUAGUGCCAGAGAAGAUGAUCGGCCCCUCGGAGUAAGCAGCUCCAUGUGCUUUUAGAGUGUGCAGAUACAGUUGCAACAGCAAACAGUUUCUGCACAAUCCUGUUUUAUUAGUCAAGAGUAGGAAACCGAGAUCCAACUGUUAAACGAUAUUCUUGAGGUUUUCUCUCUUUGGCUUUGAAUAACGAGAAAACCUCCAUUUUUGUAAUAGAAACAGUGAAUAUGGAGCAAAUUGCUUUGCAAUAAUUAAGGAAAUAUUUUUGUUGUUCA